AUGCUCCGAUUAUCGCGAGUCGCUCAGCUGAGGGCUAUUCCGAUCCGCCGGGCCAUGCCGCCAAUCAUGGUCCGAAACUACGCCGUGCCUCCCAAGACCAAUUUCCAGAAGGGCGACAUUCCCCCCGAGCCCAGUGGGUCGUCCUCAAGUGGCCCCAAAUCGUACUUCCAGAACGGCGAAACCCCCCCUCCUCCCUCCGGAGCUGCAGGACGAAUCCUCGUGGCCGAGCCCGUCUCCAAGGUCCGGUUUAGAACUAUCUUGCUCCUCCUGGCAGCCAUCUCCGGCUUCACAACAUGGUACUUCUACCCUCGACACACCUUCACCCCGGAAGUCGCCACCAUUCUGCGAAAGGCGCUCAAGGCCGAGAGCGAAAGCUUUGGCGGCCAAAACCUCCCGGAGGCCGUCAAGUAUUACAUUGAGGCACUUAUGGAGGCCGAGGCCCAAGGCCUGUCUCCCUUGUCGGACGAAUACACAGGCAUCCAGCUCAAACUGGCAGAGAUCUACGAGAUGCUCAACUACCCGGACGCUGCCCACGACGUGUACAUGGAGAUUUGUGCUGCCUACGUUGACGCCUUCCAGAAUAACAAAAUCGCCCAGGAUGUCCGGCCCCAGGUGAUCCAGAGAGGUCUGCGGAUCGCUCUCAAGCUCGCUCACAUUUCUGGAACCGAGAAAAAUGAUGUGGUAUCACGAGCGCUACUGCUGCAGAUCCUGCUGGCUCAAGAAGAGGUCUGUCGACGGUGCCCCGAGGCCACAGAUCUGCUGAAACUCGCCAGCACGCCCCCGACACAGAGCGAGCGGGAGUUCAUGACCCAGCUGACUAAAAGUGCGUCUCAUGCUCGUCUGCUGCGUGCUUCCGGCAAUUACGACGCCUGGAUGCCCUUCAGAGACGAGCUUAUUGCUGCUCGUGAUGUGCUCACAACUCACAACCUCUCUGACGCCCUCGCCAACGUUGCUCUCAGAGAGAAGCAAAUCACUUAUCAGAUCAUGCUUGCUUCCGGAUGUGGAGUGGGAGAUCUGUUGUUAGCCCAAGCCAACCUAGCCUCCAUGUUCUACCUCAUGUCUGAACAGCUGGAGGUGAUUGUUCACACUGCCGAAAAGAACGAGGGCACCACCAUCAAAGCUGACACAGGCGGCGAGAUUCCUCUGGACACAAUGAAGACGAGCAGUAAUAACGCCCUGGCUCGAUCCGAGUCAUGUUACAAGCGUGUUCUCAAGGCCAUUCCUUCUCUUGAGCCCGAUGUCCGACGGACCAAGGAAGUCGAGGAGGCCCAGGCUCUAUGCACAUAUGGAGUCGGUGUGAUUGCUAUCAAGAAGGGCGAUUAUGAAGAGGCUAAAGACAAGCUUCGAGAAGCCCGAACUCGAGCCAAGGGUUCUGGUUUUGAUGAUCUGGUCGAGGCUGCUGACGGAGAGCUCAACAAGGUUGAUGGUCUGGCGCGAAAGGCGUUGAAACAGAAUGAGCCAGACAGCAAGGACAAGGUGGCCAACAGCAAGGAGUCCAAAAAGCCCUCUAUUGACGAGAUCCACGAUGUUAUUGCUCAUGAGGUUUCCGAGCUCGAUGCUGGGAAGAAGAAGUGA